AUUAGACCUCAAUUAAGAGUUAUACACCAUUAGUAUUGUUUAUGCGCUGAUUUGUUUAUUUAAAACAUUUUACACAUUUUUGUAACAAAUUUAAUAUUUAAUAAUGUAUGUAAUAUUAUUGUAUAGAUUUUGAAGAUUUAAUUGUGGAUAUAUUUAAAUGGUUCUAAUUUAAAAUAUUUUAACUGAGAAUAGGCUUUAAUAGAUUCCAUGAAGGGGUCUGGAGCCUUUAAUCUGUUUUUGCCUCAAGAUUUGUUGGGAGAUAACUCAAGAGACUAUAAUGAUUGUUUGUUGCUUGGUUGGGAAGGGAUUAAGGGCCAAUUUUUCAUUAUUGAUGCCUACACUCCUUCCGAUAAAUUAACUAAAAUUUUGGAUUCCGUCAAAAAAGACUCGAAACUUGAGAAUGUUACAUGGAUGAAAAAUGGUUUACAGUUGUUUGAAAAUUUUAGACUUAAUAUUAGCAGAGAUAAGGAUAGAGUUUCCAGUUUAUCCGUAACUGAUAAAUCAACUGGGAAUAACGUUCAAAAUGUGGUCGUGUUCGUUUACAAAAAUUACUUUUUCGAUCCAAAAUGUUCUGGUUUAUUUGAAAAUCUAAAGCCUAACCCUGAGAAACUUAAAGACUGUUCUGACCCUAACUGUGAUAUUGGUCCCUGUUUGUUGCUGGCCACUUCUAUUAGGAAUUACGUAAACACGAUGCUUGAUACCUACCUAAUUGACCACGGUCGGCCCUGCGACUUGCGGUUUAUUAACUCUUUUAAUAGAAAGCCCAAUUUUUUAUCCAAUUUGACCUUUAUCGUUUACUUGAUCCUUGUAAAGUUUACCUUUUGUUUGUCGUUUUUCACGCACCUUGUUUUAACCUUUUUGAAUCGCAUAGCUGGAAGGCUCUUCAAAGUUCUAAAAUUUAUCCCAAAAUAUUCGCAAUUUUUCUCUCUACUCAUAAAUAGACUCACAACUCUAUCUCAAUGGCAUAUUUCAUACAAGGAAUUACUCAGUAAAACAAAAAUGGGCGAGUAUUUUGUGUUGAGGAAUGAGCUGAUGAACUUUGCGUUUUCUUUUUAUUUUUCCCUUGCGGUAGGAUUUGUGGAGUUUUUCCUGUACAAAAAACUGGUUUUUGAAAAGUUUAACCACUACAAAAUACUUUGUAAGAGUCAUUACGUAGAAAAAUUGAAAGCACUUUUCUAUUAUUUAACGACUAAAAUCUUCAUAUACAUUAAGCUGAACAAUGAAGUAUCCGCUUCACUAGCGAAGUUUGUGGUUAAUAAAGUGAUCGUUUGGAGAUAUUUGGGAGAGAAACUAGAGCCCUUCAGGGAAUUCCUACUCAAAGCGCUAGAGUAUUCUGCACUUUUAGGUGUAGCAGCACAAGCUUCUGUUCUUUAUGACCUGUUCUCAUUUGAAACGCUUCAUUUGUAUUAUCUUUACUACAUAAUGUUGUCAAUCAUGAGUUAUUCCCAAAAAUACCUUUACACCCUUUUACACCUCUUCAAGGGGAAGAAAUGGAAUACUCUCAAGUCAGUUCUGGACACAACCGAGUUCACCAAGGAGCAACUCUUCAUAGGAGUCGUGUUCUUUGUCAUAUUCGCACUCAACUAUCCAACCAUCUGGAUCUUUUACAUCUCAUCCGUCACACUCCUUGCACCAAUUCUUCUGGUUAAGGUGUUCCUUCUUUCGAUUGUUGAGUUGCUCUCUGGACUCCCGUACUACGUUCUGGCCUACAAUGCCCUCCCAAAUAAAUAUGCAGAAGGGAUUUAUUUCAAAAAAAUAAACUGUAAGUUACACCCAAAAUUUAUUUCUUCAGUUUUUUUCCAUGGGUUAAAACCUGUAGGCUUAAAUGGGUUGUAUCUUAGGGUCGUACCUACUAAGAUAUCGCUAGUGAAGUAUACUGAGGAUGUUAAGAGGAGGCUGUGGGAGAAUCUUCAACUCAUUUCUCCGCCUAACAUUUUGAGGUUUCUUUCUUAG